CAUUUUAAUCAUUGUGGUCUAAAAUAGUCAAAAUAAAAGCUUUUAGAUUGUGGUCUAAAAUAAUUCGAAUAAAUCGCAUUUGAAUCAAUCUAAUAUUUUAUUUUGAAGUUUAUAACGGAAGUGAUCGAAUGCGUCCUUACUGGUGCUACGUUCACACACAUUUUAUUUUUUCUAAAUGAUCAGCUUUCUCGAAUGGUUUGCGUUCUCUUCUACAGAGUAUAAUUAGUAAGAGACUCAAGGUAUUGGACUCAUCAUGGGCUCAAAAAGGAGAAGGGCUACGUCCCCCUCUAGUAGUGUCAGUGGGAGGGACUUUGAGGAUGGACAGCCGUCAUCCUCAGCAUCUUCAGUAGGUUGGAAAAGGAGAAGAACCUCUAACAUUCACACUGUUGAUCCAGUAAAUUCAGUUAAAAGCUUUUUUUGUGUAGAAAACAUUGCUUUCCAAUACAAAUAUAGUACUCAACUUUUGUGGUGAUGCCUUUGGAUAAUGUCUUAACCCAAAUUGAAUUAUUGAAUUUUGACUCUAAAUCCGCAGGUGUAACAGUAUAACUGGAGUACGUCCCCUCGCCCCGACACGGGCGCGAACCAGGGACCUUCUGCACACAUCAACAACGGUCACCCAUGAAGCGUCGUUACCCAUCGCUCCACAAAAGCCACGGCCCUUGCAGAGCAAGGGGCAACACUACUUCUAGGUUUCAGAGCAAGUGACGUAACUGAUUGAAACGCUAUUAGCGCGUACCCGCUAACUAGCUAGCCAUUUCACAUCCGUUACACUCACCCCCUUUCAACCUCCUCCUUUUCCGCAGCAACCAGUGAUCCGGGUCAACAGCAUCAAUGUAACAGUAUAACUUUAGUACGUCCCCUCGUCCCGACACGGGCGCGAACCAGGGACCUUCUGCACACAUCAACAACGGUCACCCACGAAGCGUCGUUACCCAUCGCUCCACAAAAGCCGCGGCCCUUGCAGAGCAAGGGGCAACACUACUUCUAGGUUUCAGAGCAAGUGACGUAACUGAUUGAAACGCUAUUAGCGUACCCGCUAACUAGCUAGCCAUUUCACAUCCGUUACACAGGCACAAGUCAAAUCGAUGUGUAGUUUUUGAAUAAGUGUUCAUAAACAUUGUUGUUGCCUGUAUUGUUUUGUGUUCAUCUACUAUGUUUUGCCUCCAGAUUGCAGUAUGCCAUGAACUGUACAACACUAUCAGAGAUUAUAACGAUGACCAGGGAAGGAUGUAAUGUGAGCUGUUCAUGAGAGCACCCAAGAGACAGUACAGAGGAUGGUUAACAUAGAAUGGGUACCAAAGAAAUCUCCAUUACUAAGAACAUAAGCCUCAUUAAAUUCACUUAUCUAUUGUGCUUUCCUUGAAGGAAUCAACCGGAUUACUGCCACAUUGUGACACAUCCCAUUGACAUGAUGAAGAUCCAGCUGAAGAUGGAGGAGUACGAUGAUGUGGACCAGAUAACGUCUGACUUUCAGCUCUUAUUCAACAAUGCAAAGGCAUACUACAAGCCAGACUCCAGAGUGCAGAGCAGCCUAUAAGCUGUGGGACCUCUACCUGCGCACCGAGAAUGAGUUUGCCCAGCGGGGGGAUUAUGAUGACGAUGAUAAGGACGGGGACGAUGCACAUGAUAAUCCCGGAGGGUCCGAUUAGAAUGCACCCAGUUGCCUGAAGGAGGUCCUUGAGCAGCUGUUGGAUGCGGUGGUGAAAUUCUCAGAGCCCUCAGGGCAUUUAGUCAGUGAUCUGUUCCAGAAACUACCAUCUAAAGUGGUAAGAGAACCAUUCUCUCCAACCCUAUGGUAUGGCAUUGGUUGAAGCACAAUGUUAAAUCUCCCUACCAUUCUAUCUAAGCCAAUAUCUAUUAUUCCUCUGAAUUGGGCUGUUUGAGAAGAUUUGAAUCCUAAGAAACCUGCAUACACAUUGUUUGAAGUACAAUAGACUAGUCACGAUACCAACAUUUUACUAACGAUACGAUACCAGGCCAAGUAUCACGAUACUGAGUAGCAUUGCGAGAGAAAAUGUAGAAAAAUUCAGUGGCCUAGCAUCCUGUUCGCCCCGUGCCACCGGCGCUUGUUCCCGCUUUCUAAAUGUUAUGCUCAUGUACUUCACAAAAAACCUGUCACUGAUAUUCAUACUUCUACUCAAUAAAACACAUUAAAUUUAACUUCACACCGUUCACUGUAUAAUAGAAUACUGAAUAGAUUGUCUACUUUGCUCAUAUUUGCAAAGGCCUUCCUGUGAUUUGGCUGGAGCAAUGGGGGAAGGAAUAUACAUGCAUAAUGAUCUGCAUGUCAUUGUGGCAGUCAGGGGGAAACUGCGUGAAACAUUCUUUACUCUUCAGUUAACACACAGACACACACUCCGCCUCCCUUCUUCCCUCACACACGCUCUCUGUCUCCCUUUGUCUCAUAAACACAUGUAACCGAUGUGAAAUGGUUAGCGGUGGUACGCGCUAAUAGCGUUUCAAUCGGUGACGUCACUCGCUCUGAGACCUUGAAGUAGUUGUUCCCCUUGCUCUGCAAGGGCCGUGGCUUUUGUGGCGUGAUGGGUAACGAUGCUUCGUGGGUGUCAGUUGUUGAUGUGUGCAGAGGGUCCCUGGUUCGAGCCCAGGUAGGGGCGAAGAGCGGGACGGAAGCUAUACUGUUACACACACACACCCCUCUCUCUCCCACAAACACAUACACACUGCUCCAAACUUUUAAAAUGUUAGGCACCAAAUGGAAUGUAAGGAGCACCAGAAAGAGAUUGAUUUUUAAUAGUUUAGGCUUACAUUAGGCCUAUAUGAAUACAACCUUUUAAAGCACAUCUCAUGAGUAGCAGACCCUUUUCCUUUCUUCCUGUGCCAAUCAAAUUAGCCAAUACCUACUGUCAAGUUACCAGGUUGUUGGCAAGUUAGGUAACGUGACUGAACGACGUUGUUUGUUAUCAAAUUAGUUUAAAACGCCCCCUUUAACAUGGUUUGUGAAAUUAUGUCAAAUGUGUGUGAAAUCGCGCAGGAAGAAAAAAAGGCAGCUUUGCUGAUAUAAGUCCUAUUUCUUUAACCGUUGAGCUAAAGACAAGAUGUUUUCUUUGCUGUAAAGCUGCAAGCAUACCUGUUGCGAAGCUGUUUCUCCUCUCUGGCAUUGAUGCGUGACAGCGAACUUGCAAAGCCUACUCAGACUGCUCUGUGCUCUUAUACCAAGGAGGAAAUCAAACAAUGUAUCAAUUUUGCUCUGCUCCAAUGUAUCAAAUGUACAAAAUGUAACCGAAGACUGCUCAGGUUCGGCAUCCCUGCUCAUCCCUUAUGGAGGAAUAGAUGAGGAAGGAGAGAAGCAGGUGAGUGAUGGCUGGAAGGGGAUGAGAUUGGCGGAUUACAGCUGCCACACGUGAUGUGUGCAUGAAAGUGAAGUGGACAUUAUUGGACCAGCACCUACAAGAGAUUAGUUGCUGUUGCUUACAUUUUUUUACUGACUUCAUAAACAUUUUCAUAAGAGGCGCCAGCUAGUUCUUGGAUAUCAGGUGGACCAAAACAUUUGGUAGUAGCAUAUGAAAUGGUACAACAGUAUUCUCAAAUUUGGGUAACAUGACGUUUUGGUACUGCGAUAUCACCGUGGUACCGGUAUACCGUAUAACACUACAAUAGACCAGCAAGCUACUGUAGUAGGUCAAAGCUAUGUGUUGGAAAACCUUGGUUGAGCAUGGGUGGAGUAGGCAUUACGGAGCUCAUGUGAAUUUACUUAAUUGUUCAGCUUUAGACCAAUGCCUACUUCUCACUUAAAACAGUUUCUUGUUUUAAUAAUAUAGCGGAUUUUUUUGGGUGACCAACUUUUGAUUUAGUUUUCUCUUUUCUUUCAGAGGAGGGUUACAGUUACAAAAACAAAGAAAUCCAUACAAAAAUAACCCAAACCCAUUCCCCAUACACCUGCCCACAUCCCCAUUUGGAAACCAUGUUUUCCACCCCGCCUCCCCAAAGAAAGUGUCCCUCCCACCCCUUCCCAUCCCACCCAGCAACAGAGUUUGCUUUUCAGUCCCCAUCCCACAUCCCCCUCACCCUCCCCCACAACAACCAGAGACACCAUAUUCUGUUCCAGUUAAAUGGUUGUUCAGAUUCAAUUAGAUCUAUGGACCAUACUUUUUUAAUGGCUAGCUCAGAAUACAAGCUUUCCAAAAGUUGUUUAUAUAUUAUAGCGAUCAGUCCUUUUUGGAGCCCAGAUAAUUUAUUUAUAAAUCCCAUCAUUGGAUGGCUCGGUAGUUGGGUUUCCCAAGAGACUCCAUGUUGUAAAUAUAGAAAAAAAUAAGUUGUCUGGUAACGUGAAUGUAUCUUUCAAAUCUUGGAAUGUUCUCGAACCAUUACUGUCCGUGAUAUCGGUAAGGAUACGAAUUCCACAUUUGGACCAUUUGGGGGGGGGAGGGGAUUCAAAAGUCUGCCCUCAAGAUUACAAGGCAUUAUUAUGAAAUAUUAGAGUAUGGGCAUGCCAUUUUGAUUCCCAGUUACAUUGUUUUUCGAUUUUGUGCCAAAUAGAAAUUGUGUAGAAACAGUUUUGAUUGUUGAUUUUUUUUUAUUUUUAUGUUUUCCCCCUCAGCAAUACCCAGACUAUUAUGCCAUAGUAAAGGACCCAAUAGAUCUGAAAAUCAUUGCCCAGAAGUGACUGAAUGUACUGUAAGUGGUGUGCAUACAAUAAAUCACUGGUCAAUUUUCUUCUUAGAUGAGCCUCUACAGAAGUGUCAGCGCCAUGGCAAAAGACAUAGAUCUCCUGGCCAAGAAUGCCAAAACAUACAAUGAGCCUGGGUCACAGGUUUUAAAGAGAAAGAGAGAAAUUGAGCAUGCUGAGCCCAUCAAAUCCAGCAUUCACAUCAAGAACAUAAGGUCAACCCAGGGAGACCAGCUCUCAGCUAUUACCAUGGCUCUUCAGUAUGGGAUUGAGGACGAUGGCAUUCUGGCUGGGUCUGUCCACUAUGACGAGGGGGAGUCGGAGGCAGAGAGCAUCCACCACAGCAUGGACAUGAGUACCCCCAUCUUCCAGCUGUACGAGGCUAUAUGGGGCGGAAGGAACAGCCAGGGACAGCUUAUCUCCGAGCCUUUCCUCCAGCUGCCCUCCAGGAAGGACUACCCAGACUACUACCAGCAGAUCAGCCAGCCCAUCUCCCUGCAACAGAUUAGGAACAAAAUGAAGAACAACGAGUAUGAGAGUGUUGAGCAGCUAGACGCAGACAUCACUCUGAUGUUUGAGAAUGCCAAGCCCUACAAUGUGCCUCACUCCUCCAUCUAUAAGCGCAUGCUGAAACUAAACCACAUUCAGCAGCUGAAGAGAAAGGAGCUAUUGAGGAGGGUGAACGACAGCAUGCACGGGGACAGCAUGCUCUCUUCUACAAUGGCUGAUACUGGCAGCACUAAGAGAAACAGCCAUAAGAAGAACACAAAGAAGAACCAGAUGAAGGUCCUGUACGCCACAGUGACAGAGGCCCGGGAGAUGAGCACUGGCCGGAAGCUCUGUGAGCUCUUCAGGGUCAGCUUUCCAUAAAAGGACUACCCGGACUACUACAAGAUCAUCCUAGAGCCCAUGGACCUGAAGACCAUCGAUCACAACAUCCGCUCUGAGAAGUACAUGACGGAGGGCGCUCUGUUGGAAGACAUGAAGCUCAUGUUCCGCAAUGCACGCCACUACAACGAGGAGGGCUCACAGGUGUCAACACACGGGUGCUCCUGGAGCCUACGGAAUCCAGCAGCUCGAAAGAAAGAUGUGCGACUGACCAAGGAGCAGGAGAGCCGGCUGCAGUCCCAUUGGCUGAAGAGCAAGGGCGCCCAUUCCACAAUGGCAGAUGCACUGUGCCGUCUGCAAGACCUGAUGCUGCGUGACACACUGAACAUCCGCCAGACGUACAACCUGUAGGAUAUCUGAGCCACUGCUCCCUACACUGUCAGACAGGAAAGGGGUUUUAGGCUCAUUAGAAAAUGUGUAAAUGUUGUUAUGUUAAUGUAGGCAUUUGUUUGUAGAAUGGUUAAAUUAGCUUGCUUACUCUGUUCAAGCUGUUUUGUGUUAGAACAAUUAAAAUGCAAACAGUAAAUUAUUGUAUUAAUGUUUCCCUGUGAUGGAUAAACGUUUUCAUAAAAAAUACAGAGAAGGGA